CAAGCUACCUGCAAAGUAGCAAUUAGCAAGCCAUACUCUUUUCGCAGAUUUUGUCAGUGAUCAGAAAUGGAGAACUCAUCAAACCUAACCCCGCUUCCGGAGGACGAUUCCCGUAAUGCCGAGGCUGCUCCACACGGUGCCACCACCAAAUUACCAUCUGCCUUUUCCUCUAAACCUGAUCGUCCUCCAAUUCAGACUUCAUCACAAAAAUAUGCACCUUUAGAUUGGUCCGACUACUUUGACCAAGAAGAUGAUGUUUGCAUACCAGACUCAGAAAGUGUUUUUCACAUUUAUAAGGCGGGAACUGAGGGUCCAGUUGUUUUCUGUCUUCAUGGUGGGGGUUAUUCAGGGCUCUCUUUUGCUCUAUCAGCAAGUAAAAUAAAAGAGAAAGCUCGGGUAGUAGCUUUGGAUUUGAGAGGACAUGGGAAGUCAUCCACCAACAAUGAUGUCGAUCUAUCUAUUGAGACUCUGUGCAAUGAUGUACUGGCUGUCUUGAAGACAAUGUUUGGGGAUUCUCCUCCAGCAGUUGUGAUUAUUGGCCACAGUAUGGGAGGUGCAGUUGCCGUUCAUCUUGCUGCAAAGAAGGUCCUUCCUAGCUUGGCUGGGCUGGUUGUUGUGGAUGUUGUUGAGGGAACUGCAUUGGCUUCUUUGAUCCAUAUGCAGAAGAUUUUAUCAAGUCGAAUGCAGCAUUUCUCGACCAUUGAGAAAGCGAUUGAAUGGAGUGUCAAAGGUGGCACUUUGAGGAACGUUGAAUCUGCCCGUGUCUCUAUUCCCGGCACAUUAACAUAUGAUGAUUCAAGGAAGUGUUAUACCCACCGAGCUAGACUGGAAGAAACCGAGCAAUAUUGGAGAGGCUGGUAUGAAGGCCUUUCAGAGAAAUUUUUGUCAUGUCCUGCACCAAAACUUUUGCUUUUAGCUGGGACUGAUAGACUGGACAGAACCCUCACAAUAGGUCAAAUGCAAGGAAAAUUUCAAAUGGUGGUAGUCAGACAUACAGGCCAUGCCAUACAGGAGGAUGUACCUGAUGAAUUUGCUAAUCUGAUUCUCAAUUUCUUAUCACGAAACAGAAUAGGCCCCAAUGGCAUCGAGAUUCCAGGAAUUCGCCGUCCAUCAUCAGCAAAACCUUGAGCAUUGGAAUAAAGAACUAGAAGUCUGCUAUGGUGUUGUUACAAGAAAUUGGGAUCAGUGUUCUAGAUCUGUAUCAAGAUAUCUUUUGAUUUUUCAGGUUUAGGAAGCUAUAGUGACUUAUUAAUGCAAAUGAAAUGGCAGUGAGAUUUUUGAAGAUUUUGUAUCAGAUUACUUAUCAUACUAAGGAUGCUUCUGCGUUGGAAGUAUAUAUGCAUCUGAUUAUGCUUCAUUUCUUAUGGCUGUUUGCAACAACUC